CUGCAGCAGCAGCAGCAGCAGCAGCAGAAGGAGGAGAGGCGGAGGUCCAACACCCCCACACUGCUGGGGGGAAUCCCUGCUAAAUACAAGGCUGGGGAUCACAGUCCUGCCAGCCUCAGUCACAGCAGCAGUGCCCUGUCCUCCAUCACUGCCUACAUGGGCAGGGGGGUCCUCUUACCUCCCCCUGCCCCAACCUAUUCUGUAGCACUCCGCUCUAGAACAAAGUCCUCUUUAUACUGUCGCCAUGGGAGCAGCACACAGGAGCUGACUCUGCCUGUCUACUCUGUGCUCUACUUGUAGCUGUCUUCUGAACACAUCCUGCAAUACUACGCCAUGCUACCCAGACCCAAGAACACCUUCACCCUCAAGCAGGACCCCAGAGAGACCAUGGUCAGAAGCUCAAAGUCUCCCAAGAUAAACCCCCGCAGCGCUGGGCUGAAGUGCCUGCCAGGCGAACAAGUUCUUGAACAAUCCUUGAGGGUCAGGAAACGCUUACAUUUUAAAGACGGCCACCAUGAUGUUUUUGGAACCCUGUAUUGCACCAGCCACCGCAUCGCCUUCAGACCGGAUUGUUUCAACAGCCCUCAGGAUUCCUCCGAGGAGGUGAUAUUUGACAGUGACAAUGACAUCGCCCUACCCUGCGCUGACAGGAUCUUGGCAGUGGCCAAUCAGAGUAAAGUGAAGGUUGUCACCCCCUCGCUGAGCCUGAAGUUCGUCCCGGAGGAAUUGCUGAUCUACUGUAGAGGCUUCCGGCUGAUGCACUUCCAUUUCAGUGACAAUGGUUUGAAGACAGAAGCCUUCAGUAUGACAAAUACCAUGGUGAAGAACCAGCAGGUUAUCAGCUCAGUGGUGCAGCAGGAGGCCAUGCUAAGAAGUCUAGAUAAGCGGGAAAGUACGACACCGAUGGACUAUCCUACACGUAUGUUUGAGUCAGCUGAGGACUGGCAGAAUGAAAUUGAAAGACUGGGGGCGACUGCCUGGAGAGUUACGCCCCUCAAUGAACGCUGUGACACCUGCACCAGCCUCUCCAAGUAUUUUGUGGUUCCUUGUAAGCUGCUCGACAAUGACUUGAAAAAGACAUUUGCGCACUUCCAGCAGAGACGCGUUCCUAGGUGGACGUGGCAUCACCCCGAUGGAAGUGACCUACUGAGAUCGGCUGGACUUCAGAACAACACAGACCCUGAUAAAGAGGACGUGAGGUCGAUAAGAUCCUUGUUAUUCGGCAACCAUUCUCAGUGUGUGAUCAUUGACACGAGCGAGGACCUGCCUUCUGUAGCCGACAUCCAGGUCUCCUUCCUCAAGCUGCGUGCCUUGUGUUGUAGUGAUACCUCUACACCAGUGCCUAAUGAGAAAUGGCUGUCAAAUCUAGAAGGCACCCGCUGGCUGGACCAUGUAAGGUCGUGUCUGAAGAAAGCCAGUGAUGUUUCCAUGUUGUUAAGCGAGAGGAACAGAUCUAUUGUUCUACAAGAGCCUGAGGACCGGGACGUGAACUGCCUCCUGACAUCGCUGGUGCAGGUGUUAUCGGACCCUUACUCCAGGACGUUGCCCGGCUUCCAGAGCUUGAUCCAGAAGGAAUGGGUAUCGGCUGGACAUCCCUUCAUGCAACGGAUCAAUCACUUCAGACAGUCAGACAAGGAAGAAUCCUCGGUGUUUCUGCUCUUCCUGGACUGUGUCUGGCAGUGUCUGCAGCAGUUCCCCACCGCCUUCCAGUUCACCGAGUCUUACCUCCUGGCAUUACAUGACAGCACCUACAACCUGUUCUGCAGCACCUUCACCCACAACUGCCACUGGGACCGGAUCAGGGGGAGCCAGCGGCACUCAUUUAGUCAGACUUACACCCCGGUAAAUGGUUGGAGGUAUAUUGUGCGUGAGAAGGUAUUACUAAACGGAGACUAUAAGCCGGUGGAAGAGAUGAAGUCAGCUCCACCGACAGUUUGGGAAUGGAGUCUGUUCUACCGUCACUCCCGUAGGCAGCAGUUUCUCAAUCCCAUGUACCACGUCAGGGAACAGGCGGUAUUAAAUGGCAAUGGAGUCAACCAUAACACGGACAAGAUGAAUGUCUCCGACACCUGCAAUAUGUAUCUACUUUCCAAAGGCGUGCUGGUAUUACAGUCUCCAUUCUUCCCAAGAAAAAGUGUCACAGUGUCAAAGAGAGGAGCACGACGUUCCCAGUCUGUGGACAGCUUGCUGGAAGAAGAGAAGCAAUUUAGGAGCAACAUCUCCUUGGAGCAGUCCAGUAUGGACCUUCUACUUCCCCUGUGUGUGGGGCCCUGGGUCAGGCUGUGGAAACGCUGUUACUUGGGUUGUGCCACAGAAAUUAAGGGUAACAACCAGCGCCCCCCAGUGACCAGUCUAACCGAGGAACUGAAAUUUCUUGAAGACAAGCUGAGGAACCUACAGGACCAAAGACACCAUGGCUCGGUUCUGCCUGAUGUAAAAGGCGGCUCCUCAUCGUACAGAUAGCGGACACGUCCCAGAACUGCACUUUUUUUUAUUUUAUAUUUCCUCUGAGGAAACAUCAAAACCAUGAAAUGUGGCAGGAACAUGGAGGAACAAUGUGGAGACUACUUGAAUGGUGGUCCUCCAUGGCUGGGGGCUAACCCUGUAAUGAAGAAGUGGAUUAUGGGAGCACAGCCUGUACACUGUAGAUUUAUAUUUAUACUGCCUUUUUUGUUAACAGGAACGGUCGAAAUUUACUAAAAUUGUCCAAAACCACUGCUAUUAGAUCUGGAGUAGUAAAAAUGAUGGUAAAAAAACUCACAGCUUAUACUCCAGAGCUGCAUUCACAAUUCUACUGGUUGUCAUUGGAAACAGUCAAGUAGCUUGUCGUCGGACGCGCCUCCUAAACUUAGCGGAGCCCUUACAAGGUCUCUUUCACACGUCUCUGAAUCGCGUACGUGCGCUGUCCAUGAACCGCUCACACAUCCAUUGACGUUAAUGAGGCCUGGUGUAAAGAGGACACGUCCCAUAAAGCAAUUUACCACAAAAAGCUCAGUACAGACAUUAAGGGACAAUUUGUGACAGAAUCUUUUCCAGUCGUCGCCAUGGACUGGACACUGUGCUAUUUGCAUGCCCAUUUCCACUGGAGUCGGCCAUUUUAUGACAAUAUUCUGUGGUGAUACAGUGUAUAAAUUCCUUAUCAUCCUCACUAGCUGACAAAAUGGCUGCCUAUACAAAAUGGAGGAGCUGAAGAUGAGCCUACUAGUGCAAGCAACCAAUCAGAUUCCAGCUUGUAAGGCUUCUGAUUGGUUGCUAGGGGCGACUGAUUUACUCCCUGUUUUUUUUUUAAUAAAAUAUAUACAUUUUCACUACGUAAAGACGCCCUCAUGGCUGCCGCUCUAUAAUGUAACUGUCAGGCAGAUAUUUUAGGGAACACUCCUGCCUGAUAUCGUCUUUUGUAAUAUGACUCCCACUGUAUUACAUUGACUCUCAAAAUUCCUUUCUCUGUGAGAAAUAUCUUGAGUAAUUUAUCCGCUUACCUAGAUAUAAGGCCACGAGUCGUCUUCCACUGCCAUGUGGUCACCAUUUCGAUAUUUCAAGCCAUUUCUCAUGUUUCUGCCAAAACAAAAUGUCCGCCAUCACUGGGCUUGACCGACGCUAAUUAGUUGCUCCCAGGUGACUAUUCUGAAGGGGCAGUGACGGCGGCCAUCUUGGUUUCCCAGAAGGAGAUGCAAUCUGUAUUAGACAUAUGGCAAUAGCGUGCUGUACUAAGCAGUACGCCGACCGCCUUGUGGCGGUAUGACGCAUACGGUACAUUAGAUAGCGCUACUCGAUUACGUGUAUAUUUUUGUAGUGAUGUAAAAGCGUAUUACAAAGAUAUUUAUAAUAAAACAUCUUGAGAGACGA